AUGUUUUAAAAAGACAACUAUCAACCUAAUAAAUUCAAAAAGGAUAUUUAUUUUUCUAUUAAUAGAUAUUUUUUUUCUAUCAAUUAAAAACUUGAAAGAUUUAGACCCCCAAAAAUUAAUAUAAAAAACCUUCCUUAAAAUUAUUAGACAAAAUCCUAUCCUCUUCAAAACCCCAAAAACUUAGAUUCCGAAGAUACCUAAAUAAUUAAACAUGAAAAGCCAUUAAAAUAUAUAACUCCUAGAUACGAAUAUCCAGCAGAUAUAUAUAUCCCUUAGUAAUUAAAAUUAGGCGAAAUAGAACAACCAGCAAAUCCAAAAACAUUAGAAUUAGCUCUUGUAGGAGCCCCAAAUAGUGGAAAAUCUAGUCUUUUAAAUCGAUUGGUGAACUCUCGUAUAAGUGCAGUUUCUCCAAAGGCAAACACUACAAGCGAGGAAAUAUUAGGAGUAUAUACACAAUUAGAAGAUUAUGCCUAAUUCGAGGAAAAAUUUUUGAUUUCAUGUAAUACAGGAUUUGAAGAAGAAAUAGUAAAAUUUCAUGAAUCUCCCUAAAAUCCAAGCAACGUAAAUGAAAAGAUUCCUCUAACGCCUAAAGAAAAACAUGGAAUAAUAUUAUUACUAAUCUUAUAUUUCAUCCAAGGACUUCCCAUAGGUUUUUUUGGAGCUGCAAUUCCUCUUAUCCUUGCCGAAAAAAAAGUGGAAAUGCAAAAGUUAGCUGAAUUAUAAACUGUGUUUUAUCCAUUUGCAUUUAAAUUUUUAAUAGCUCCAAUUUUAGACGCAUAUUAUAUUCCUAGUUUUGGGAAAAGAAAAUCAUAUAUAAUUCCUUUAUAAUAUAUACUCUCUAUAUGCUUUAUAAUAAUGUCUUAUUAAAUUGACGAACUUAUUCAAACUCAAAACAUACUUUGGUUAACUUUUUAUGGAUUUUUAUGUUGUUUUGUGGCUGCUUCUUAGGAUAUUGCUGUUGAUGGAUGGGUUUUGACGAUUUUUGAAAAUGAAGAACAUGUCUCAAUCGGCUCCACGUGUAAUAAUGUAGGCUAAAUUUUCGGAGUUUUUGUAUCUAAUAGCUAGGAUUGA